UCAAGCUAUAUCGAUAGACUUGUUAAAUCCGGCGAUAUACGCACGAUUGAAGAAUGUGAAGAGACAUCGAGCGAGCGAGUUCUUUGUCCAUUGUUUUCUUUUUCCUUCUAUCUUUUGUACAAUAAUUUAAUAAUAAUUCAAUGUAGAAAGGCAUGAGAAGCGAGUCGCACUGCGCUAUUCUACGAUUGAAGCCAGUUCGUGUCGUGUUUUGUUCCGCCGCGAUUAAAAACAGACACGUCGGCAGCAAUUAUGUCGACGAACGACACGUCAAUAAGUAUCCUGACGCUCAAUUGCUGGGGUAUACCGUAUGUUUCGAGAAACAGAAACCCACGGAUGGCCGCUAUCGCGGACAAGUGUGCCAGUAGGGAAUACGACGUGAUAUGUCUGCAAGAAGUUUGGUCCGUCAAUGAUUUCAAGGCGAUCAGAGCAAAAGCGCAGGAAGUACUUCCCUAUUCACAUUACUUCUACAGCGGCGUCGUAGGAUCUGGAAUAUGCGUCCUGUCGCGGUAUCCCAUUUGCGACGUUAUGUUCCACAGGUGGCCGUUGAACGGUUACGUUCACAAAAUCCACCAUGGCGACUGGUUCGGUGGCAAAGGUGUCGGCCUAUGUAAAAUCAAAGUUCGCAGUAUGAAUAUUAAUAUUUAUAUCGCACACUUGCACGCGGAGUAUAAUCGGGAGAAUGACGAGUACAUGGCUCACAGAGUGCUGCAGGCAUUCGAUACUGCUCAAUUCGUGAGGAUGACGAGCGGAGGCGCGGACGCUGUGAUACUCGCCGGCGAUCUUAAUACUGAGCCGCAAGACUUAGCGUACAGGAUCAUAUGUGGCGUCGCCGGCUUGACGGACGCGUGUCCGAACAGCGCGAGUCACAUAGGGACCAACGAAUGUGCCAACAACAGUUACACCAGCUCAAAGCUUGCUCGCAGGCGGCCGGAGGGCAAGCGCAUAGAUCAUGUCCUGUACUUGGGUUCGAAAACCGUUAGGGUGGAAAUCGCAAAUUUCCAGCAUCCCUUGCCAAAUCGCGUGCCGUACAAAGAUUUUAGCUACUCGGACCACGAGGGUGUUAUGGCCACGCUCAAAUUCACCAACGGUGAACACGACACAAACAGUCCAAAUGUUACGGAUUCCUUGAAGGAGGCGAUCGAGAUUUGCGAGAACGCGCUAAGGAGCGUACAACGCCAGCGUUUCUGGUAUCUCUUGUCAGGCUGUAUACUGUCGAUUCCGUUACUUUGGUCCAUCGGAUUGAAUUGUCUGAACACGUCUCUGGGCAUCGACAUCGGUUUGAAUAUAGCACGUAUCUUUCUGACUGCGAUACUAUGUUAUACCCUGUUUAUGAGUUCGAUAUGGAACAGCGUGGAGAAGAACGCUCUGAAAGCGGGCUGCUUGACCAUAGAAAUUUAUAUGACGCAACUGAACAACGAUCUGCGCGGAAACAAACCUUCCAAAGUUUCGUUUCCGCACCAAACAACUUGCGCGAAAUAAUAUUGUCAAUAUCAGGAUCGAUUGAGCUCAGACAAUAAUUUUUCUUUUUUUUUUUAAGAAAAGUUAUGUUACGUGUUCGUUGAUGUGGAACGUUGUGCAAUCUAUGUGCGUAUCCAGCUUUUGUUUCCGCUAAACACCAACCUUGCGCGAAAUAAUAUCGCAUUGUAAGAUCGAUCGAGCUCAGACAAUAAUUGCAUUUAAUUUUUUUUUAAGAAAAGUCAUGUUACGUGUUCUUUCAUGUGGAAUGUUGUGCAAUCUGUGUGCGUAUCCAGCUUUUAAGACUUUGAGAAGAAAUGAUGUCUUGUUUUCUUGCUUUUGUAACUUCCCUUCGAUGUUACGCGACUUCUGUGAAAUGAAUCUUAAAAUUUAUGUUGCGAAACCACACACCCGUGUUCCUUACGUUUCGACGGGAGAUCGCAAUGACUUUAGACGCAUCUUGAGCAUUUACAUAUGCUACAAGUGUCGAUGGACACUCACGUAGCAGUACGACUGAAUAAUAAACUACACAUAUCAUUCCGUAACAAGACAACGGCACUGUGGUAACCUAUCCUGAUGCAGUAUUCAUGCUUCCACGUAGGCAAACUGAAUCGAAACUGAAUUUUGUUCGAUCAAGUCUUCAGUCUUUCACGCGCUGUCGCGUCACGUUUUUUUUUUACUGCGAAUUCCGCUUUGUACUGCUACAUUGAGGCUAAGAUAAAAAAUACCGAAAUGAGCACCCACUAUUUAAUAGACUUGCGAAAUUUUCUAUACUUCUACAUACUUAACAUGUAUAUAUAUCGUAUUAUAUAUAUAUAUAUUUUAUUAUAAUACAAUAGUA